AUGUGGGCAAUAAUUUUAUUGUCUAAGCAUUUGGACUGGCAAGAACGUGCUAGACAAGAGACUUUACAAGUUUUUGGUGGCCAAAAACCCGACUUUGAUGAUUUAUCGCGAUUAAAAAUUGUCAAUAUGAUUCUUCUUGAGACUCUUAGGCUAUAUCCACCAGGAGUUAUGUUUGCAAGAGUCCUUGGAGAAACAACCAAAUUGGGAAAUAUAACUUUACCUUGUGGAGUUCAAGUCAAUAUACCUACACUUUUCGUUCAUCGUGACCAAGAAAUAUGGGGAAAUAACGCAAAUGAAUUCAACCCAGAAAGAUUUAGUGAAGGUGUUGCAAGUUCAACAAAUGGAAAAUUUGGUUAUUUCCCAUUUGGAUUUGGUCCUCGAGUUUGCAUUGGACAAAACUUUGCUAUGUUAGAAGCUAAAAUGGCGCUUGCCAUGUUUUUACAACAUUUUACAUUUGACAUUUCUCCAUCUUAUGUACAUGCUCCUUAUCUUGUGGUGACACUCCAAGCUCA